GUCACUGCACUUGGCUGAGACAACACUGCUCAGGUUGCUUACAUAAUUUCCUGUGACAGGCGGUGCCUUCGCUGUCUCAGGCUGAGAAAACUGAGAGUUGAGGGAUCAUCACUCUCAUCAUCACUGUCGCCAUCAUGAUAAUAAGCAUCGCUCUGAUUUGGGCCGUAGUCGUUGGAUUAUGCUGCCUUUUGUGGCUCGCCGUGGGGAUCCGACAUAGACAACCCGGUGAACCUGCAGUUGAGAAUGGCCUCAUCCCAUACCUGGGCUGUGCUUUACAAUUCGGCGCCAACCCACUCCAGUUCCUCCGCAGCCGUCAGAAGAAGUACGGCCACAUUUUCACCUGCAAGAUUGCGGGUCAGUACAUCCAUUUCCUGUGUGACCCCUUCUCCUACCACUCAGUCAUCAGACAGGGGAGACACCUGGACUGGAGGAAGUUCCACUUUGCUACAUCUGUGAAGGCCUUUGGCCAUGAUAGCUUUGACCCUCGCCAUGGCCACACCACAGAGAACCUUCACCAAACCUUUCUGAAGACCCUACAGGGUGAGGCUCUGCCCUCCUUGAUAGAGACCAUGAGUGGCCACCUCCAGGACAUCAUGCUGAAGUCGGACACGCUGACUGCUCGGGAGAACCAUUGGGAAGUGGAUGGCAUCUUUGCAUUCUGCUACAAGGCGAUGUUUGAGGCUGGCUAUUUGACACUGUUUGGUAAAGAGCUUGGUGAAGAUAAGUGUCAGGCUCGGCAGGCGGCCCAGAAAGCCUUGGUGCUCAGCGCCUUGGAGAACUUCAAGGAAUUUGACAAGAUCUUCCCAGCAUUGGUGGCCGGUCUGCCCAUCCAUGUCUUCAAGAGUGCCUACAGUGCCAGAGAGAACCUGGCAAAGACCAUGAAUGCUGAAAACUUGUCCAAGAGAGAGAACAUGUCUGAUCUCAUCUCGAUGAGGAUCUUUCUGAAUGAUUCUUUAUCUACCUUCAAUGAUUUGAGCAAGGCAAGAACCCAUGUUGCACUGCUUUGGGCUUCGCAGGCGAACACCCUGCCUGCUACCUUCUGGUCUCUCUUUUAUAUGAUCAGGAGUCCCGACGCUAUGAAAGCAGCUCGUAAGGAAGUUCAAAAGAUUCUGGAUGAUUCAGGUCUUAAACCUGACCCCAGUGACCCCACACUGAACCUGACAAGGAACCAGCUGGACAGCAUGCCUGUUCUAGACAGUAUCAUAAACGAAGCACUGCGUCUUUCCAGUGCUUCCAUGAAUGUGCGCGUUGCCAAGGAAGACUUCCUGCUUCACCUCGACAACCAAGAAGCCUACCGUAUAAGGAAAGACGAUGUGAUUGCCCUGUAUCCGCCCAUGCUCCACUACGAUCCAGAGAUUUUUGAGGAUCCCUAUGAGUACAAGUUUGACCGCUUCCUCGACGAGAAGUGUCAGGAGAAAACCACUUUUUUCCGCAACGGACGUCGGCUGCGUUAUUACUGCAUGCCCUUCGGCUCCGGCGUCACCAAAUGCCCUGGCAGAUUUUUCGCCAUGUACGAGGUCAAACAAUUCCUCAGUCUCGUGCUGACUUACUUUGACAUGGAACUGCUCGAUUCCACCGUAAAAGUGCCACCGCUCGACCAGUCACGAGCAGGACUGGGAAUCCUUCAGCCGACCUACGACGUGGACUUUAAGUACAAGCUGAAAUCCCAACACUAGGCUCUGGUCUUUGCUAGCUACAGUGACUGAAGUACAUAUUGUACAUUGUAUAUAUUUAAACAGUGUUAAUGACAAUGUCUUGCUGUGUAUGUAAAUAGACUGAAUGAUAGAUAGAUAGUUUGUUGUCAUAAUUUGCUAAAGAAGAACAUUCAGUUUUUUUCUCUAUGUUUUGUUUCUCUGUUUUGUUUUGUUUUGUUUUUUCAUUUAAUGAAAGAGAAGCAGUAAUUUUUUACACAUAGAACAAUGACUGAAAUGUGAUAUUUUGCUAAGGAAAAUAAUGUGUGGAUAAAGGGGAGUUCAACAGUUGCCUCUCACCAUUGUGCGACAUAAACAGGACACACUGAAACAUUGGUUCCAGCAAGAUUUCUAUCUUUCCAGUUAACAACAAAAAUGUAUUUUGUAGCUCAUGUUAAAGCAACCACUACGAGUUCUGCAUAUUUCAAAAAUAUAAAAACUCCUGCACCAGUCGAGGUGAUGCAUGUGCAUAGUGUGACAUAGUGUGACAUGCAGUGUGGAGCCAUAUUUUGUUAUCAGUUACAUAUAUGUGUGUGUGUGUGUGUGUGUGUGUGUGUGUGAAUAAUUUCAUAUUGUCAAACAGUUUGUCCCUCAUUCUGCGACAAUGAGAAAAUGUUGCACAAGUUCAUCCAGAUCAAAUCAGUGUUGUAACUCUGUUAUCCCCACACAUGACAUGAUAAAGAUUUAUUUUUUGGUCAAAAUGUCUUGUGUUGGGUUUCCAUUGAUUUGGACAUGUUCACCAUCAGGUUUUUGAAACUCUUAUGAUUUUGGACCGAUUGGUUAAGGGUAACUAGGCAGCCACUGGAUUAUGGUAAUACAGCAUUAUAGACUCCGUACAUUGUGUACGUCUGCCAUUAUUGGUGCGUUAAGGGUCCCUCAAAGAGAGCAAGAUUGCCUUUGAAAAGAAAACAAAUGAAUAAAAGGAAGCAAUGUC